AUGGGGUGGAUAAGAGGAGAAAUAGAUUCCCUUCCAAAUCACGGGCCUCUCCAAAUCACGGGCCUCUCCAAAUCACGGGCCUCUCCAAAUCACGGGCCUCUCCAAAUCACGGGCUCCUCCAAAUCACGGGCUCUGAUUAGAAGGCAAGUUAUGUGUGAUUCAGCAUCUGCACACUCUGCAACUGCUAUUAAACGCAUCAACAAAAUGACAAAACUGGAAAAUGUUGUAAAUAUCUUUCAAAAACUUAAGAUGCCAGAAUUUUGUAUGCUCUCACAAUUGAUGCUCAUGUCUUACGUCAAUCAAUAA